AUGGCUGCUGCCACUACACUUACUCCUCCAUUGGAGACCUCCCGCAUCUUCGUUAGGGGACUGCCACCCAACAUCACUGAUGCCGACUUUCGAAAGCACUUUUCUGCUGGUGGUCGCGAGGUUACAGACGUCAAGGUUAUUCCUCAAAGAAGGAUUGGCUACGUUGGAUACAAGACACCUGAGGUUGCGACCAAGGCCGUCAAGUACUUCAACAAGUCUUACAUUCGCAUGUCCAGAAUUAAUGUCGAACUUGCAAGGCCGAUUGCAGAUCCCGUCCUUCAAAAGACAAAGGGAGUAAGCGGACAGCUGCCUGUGGCGAAGACGUCAGAAUCGGCUGCACUUCCGCCACCCACUGCUGAAAAGGAUGACGGGUUAAACAAGAAGCGCAAGCGGGAGGAUCUAGAUGAAUCAGACCCAAAGCUGCGCGAGUUUUUGCAAGUCAUGCAGCCUGGCAAGAACUCUUCCGCCAAUGAAAUGUUGGAUGUGAUCGACUCUGCUGCUGUUGAGGAGCAGAAAAAGUUGCUCCAAGACGGCGAAAGUGACGAUGAAUAUGAAGCCAUCCCGGCUCGGCCUGAGAAACGGCAGAUGAGGGAGGCGCCAAAGGGAGAUCACCGCCCCGCGGAAUCUUUGCCGGAAGAGGACGAGGCAAUGCCGGACGUUGGUCCAGUCCCUAAGCCGGUGCCAGACGCGACUCAGGACGAGGCUCCCGCCGUUGCUGUCAACAAUAACAACGGCGCGGCAACCUCAGACGAUGAUUGGCUCCGUUCAAGGACGAACCGCCUGCUGGAUCUUGUUGAUGACGACGAGGUACUCCAGCCCCCGGCUCAACAAGACAGUGGAGAGACAGGGGGAAGUGCACCCGCAAUUAAUCACGAGGCCCCUGUCGAGAGCUCUGAGCGACCGAAGGCCGCGAUUGAGAGUGAAGCGGGAGCUGGUGAUAAAGCGGCACCCCUAGCGAAGAAGGUUGAGGAGGAAGGGGACGAAACCCUCGCCACCAUCAAAAGGACCUCAAGACUGUUCGUGCGAAACUUGGCAUACAGUGUAAACGAAGAUGACCUGCGCUCGCAUUUUGAACAGUUUGGGGAACUUGAAGAGGUACACCUGCCAGUUACCGCUACUGGUGCAAGUAAGGGCUACGCUAUGGUGCUGUUCGCAAAUGCCGACUCUGCUGUUGCUGCAUUCCAGUCGACGGAUGGUCAGACCUUGCAAGGGCGACUUGUACACGUCUUGCCCGCUGCGGAAAAGCGGGAUACAGGAUUGGAUGAGUUUGCAAUUUCAAAGCUGCCCUUGAAAAAGCAGAAUUUAAUCCGAAAGAAGGCCGAGGCUGCAUCUAGCUCCUUCAACUGGAAUUCUCUCUACAUGAGCCAGGAUGCUGUCAACGCAUCAGUUGCCAGCCGCCUGGGCGUGUCCAAAUCGGAACUACUUGAUCCCACCUCGGCGGAUGCCGGUGUUAAGCAGGCCAUCGCCGAGACGUCGAUCAUCCAGGAAACUAAGGCCUACUUUACUUCCAAUGGCGUUGAUCUCGAUGCUUUGAAGUCACAAAAGCGGGGCGAUACGACCAUUUUGGUAAAAAAUUUCCCUUUCGGGACCACGAUGGAGGAGCUGAGAACCAUGUUUGAAGAGCAUGGCACCGUCUUGAGGGUGCUGAUGCCACCCAGUGGGACCAUUGCUAUUGUCGAAUUUGCUCAGCCAGCACAUGCAAAGGCGGCGUUCGCCAAGCUUGCAUACAGGCGGAUAAAGGACACUGUACUGUUCUUGGAGAAGGGACCCAAAGACCUUUUCAAGCAUGACGCCUCACUGAGCAUGACACAUAGCAAAGAGGAUCGACCUACUGGCGUGCAGAAGCUCAGUGUUACUGAGCUUUUGGGACGAGACGACCAGGGUGAGGCAGACGUUGGUUCAACUUCGCUGUUCGUCAGAAAUCUCAACUUCUCCACGACGACGGAAAAGUUGGCCGAGACGUUUAAACCGUUGGACGGUUUCGUUUCCGCUAGAGUAAAGACAAAGAUGGACCCUAAGAAGCCUGGCCAGGUGUUGAGCAUGGGAUUCGGCUUCGUUGUGUUCAAGACAAAGGAGCAAGCACAGGCGGCUCUUCAGUCCAUGGAUGGCUUCGUUCUCGAAGGCCACACCCUCGCCGUCAAGGCGUCGCACAAGGGCCAAGACGCUGCAGAGGAACGUCGCCGGGAGGACAAGGCCCGCAAGGCAGCGGGUCAGCGUACCAAGAUCGUCAUUAAGAACUUGCCCUUCGAAGCAACUAAAAAAGACAUCCGUACCCUAUUUGGCACGUAUGGCCAACUUAGGGCGGUGCGUCUACCGAAAAAGUUUGGCAACUCAACCAGAGGUUUUGCUUUUGCCGAGUUUGUCACACCUCGGGAGGCGGAAAAUGCUCUCAACGCGUUACGAGACACUCACUUGCUGGGCCGCAGACUUGUUCUCGACUACGCAGAGGCCGAGGCAGUCGAUGCUGAGGAGGAGAUUGCCAAGAUGCAACGCAAAAUUGGUGGCCAGGUUAACAAGGUUGCCAUCUCGCAGCUCACGGGCCAGGGAAGGAAAAGGGUCAAUAUUGGGGGCGACAACGCCGACGAGAUGGAUAUGUGA